GCAAGAACGGACUUGAACUUUAAAAAUUGGGGUUUUAUCUAGUUUUCUCGUUUGAAUGAAAUUUUGACGUAAACUUACACGAUGGCAACAACUCUGGAAGAUCCGUCUUUGGAACGGCAUUUCAAUGGCCAUAGAGACACAGUUACUAGUAUGGAUUUUAAUCCAAAUGCUACCCAGCUAGCAUCUGGAUCAAUGGAUUCUUGUCUAAUGGUAUGGAAUUUCAAGCCAAAAAUGAGAGCUUAUAGAUUUGUUGGACACAAGGAUGCUGUUAUGUCAGUUAGCUUUUCACCAUCUGGUCAUUUAGUAGCUUCAGCCUCCAGAGAUAAAACAGUUAGAUUGUGGAUUCCUAGUGUUAAAGGAGAGUCUACAGUUUUUAAAGCUCAUACAGCUACAGUACGAUCAGUUGAUUUCUCUUCUGAUGGUCAGACAUUAUUAACAGCUUCAGAUGAUAAAACUAUCAAACUAUGGACUGUUCACAGACAAAAGUUUUUGUUUUCUCUGACCAAACAUAUGAAUUGGGUCAGAUGUGCCAAAUUUUCACCAGAUAACAGACUGGUAGUAUCAGGUAGUGAUGAUAAAACAGUCAGAUUAUGGGACAGACAGAGUAAAGAUUGUGUACAUACCUUUUAUGAAACAGGAGGGUUUGUCAACUAUGUACAGUUUCACCCUAGUGGUACAUGUAUAGCUACAGCUUGUACAGAUGGUAGUGUUAAAGUUUUUGAUAUCAGAAUGAAUAAAUUACUACAGAAUUAUGUUGCUCAUUCAGCCUCAGUGAACAGUUUAUCAUUUCACUCUAGUGGUAAUUAUUUAUUAUCUGGAUCUGAUGAUGCUACUUUAAAAAUCUAUGAUUUAGCUGAAGGAAGAAUCUUCUAUACUCUACAUGGACACCAGGGGCCUGUUACAUCAGUUGCUUUCUCUAAAAAUGGAGAAUAUUUUGGUUCAGGUGGUUCUGAUCAACAGGUGUUUGCUUGGAAGACAAAUUUUGAUCAGAUAGAUUUUACAGCAGAAAAGAAAAAGAAACCAAGAGAAGUCUCACCACCAACAGUCUCAGAUAUACCCCCUAGAGUUAAAUCUUAUAGAGCUAAAUCACCUAAAAGAUAUACAGAUAGAGAUAACAGUCAGCCUAUAACACAACCAUUAGAAGCUAAAUCUUUACCUCCACAAUUAACACAUUUUAUGGAAACAAUAGCUGGUCAAUUAGAUAUCUUAACACAGACUGUGUCACUACUAGAACAGAGGUUAAGCAUGACAGAAAAUAAAUUACGUGAGUGUCUGGAUAAUCAACAAAAAAUAACGUUACAAGUUCAUUCUGCAGACUAA